CUAGCCCACCCCGUUUCGCACAAACUUAUCUCCCUCCCCCCACGCGAUUUCGCUCAAAACCACCUUUGUGAACGAACUUCACGAUACAGUCGCCAUUAGAGCUACCUGGUAAGUCAACGACGGGAUUGCCGCUUACAUAGACCAUCGAAACUCCAAUCUUUCUCAUAUUUCCGCUCUGCUCCUCCCAGAAACCUUUGAGGAAGGUAAGCCUGUUCGCGCAGGGCUUUCUUCCUGCUUUCGCGCUGCAAUUUCCCCAAUUGGAUCUCUUCCGUUUCUUCAAUCAUGUACAACGGAAUAGGGCUACAGACACCGAGAGGCUCCGGCACCAAUGGUUACAUCCAGAGCAACAAGUUUUUUGUUAAACCCAAGUCCGCUAGGGUUGACACAAGCGCCGCCGCCGGACCCGCAAAUCCAGAGGGAUCCGGAGGUGUACGUAAGCCUAAUAAAGAUAUUCUUGAGCACGAUCGGAAGCGUCAGAUCCAGCUUCGUAUUCUCGUACUUCAGGACACCCUAGCCGAUCAGGGCUAUACCGAUGCUGAGAUCGCCGAGAAGAUCGAGGAGGCGAAGAAGGUGCUGGAGAUGGAAUUGAAUUCAUCUGGUUCUAAUGAUUCCGGCCGCCCUCCAUUAAGCAAGAGGUUUUCAGAGACACAGACGCAUCAAGUUGCUGCACGUAAAGAGAAACAGAUGGAAACUAUGAGAGCAGCCUUGAAAAUUGGGGAGGACAAGAAGGAGAACAAGAAACAUGGUAACAAUAGUACUCAUGAUUCUGAGAAUGAUUCUAGACUUUCUGAUCCAGAAAGCUAUUUUAAAGACGGAGAUGACGGCAAAGAGAAGAUAGGAACUGAAAAGCAAGGGUACCCCAAAUCUAGCAAGAAGGAAAAAAGGAAUGAUGCAGAUUCUGAUUCAGAAGGAGAUUCCUUGGCUAGAGGAAGAAAAGGGCACGCUGAUUUUGACAGUGGCGAUGAAAAAGGAAACGGAAAAAAGGAAAAUUUGAUGAAACCUAACAAUUCUAGUACAAAACUGGCUAAGAACAGCUUUGAGAUUGAUAGUGCAAAGGAAAAUGCAAGCAAAAAUAAGAAAUAUGAGAAGAGAAUUAUAAGGAAAUCUUCAGAUGAAUCUGGAUCUGAAACUGAUGAUGAGAGCAGUACUAGAAGGAAGAAAAUAGAGAAAUACACAAAACCCCAUGAUAACUACAAGAAUGAUUAUUCUGACGGUGAUGGUAGGAAGAAAAUUGUGAAUAGAGAUACUAGGCAUGAUAAAGAUGGCAAGAUUGCCGAAAUGAAGCUUAAAGUUGAAGAGAAUAAGAAGAAGCGGCAUGACUCUGAUGAAGAAAGGUCUGACUCUGAUAUUUAUGGUAAGCGUCUGGUGCACGAUAAAGAUAGCAAGAUUGCCAAAUUGAAGCUUAAAGUUGAAGAGAAGAAGAAGCGGCAUGACUCUGACUCUGAUAGUUAUGGGAAGCAUCCAGUGCACAAAAAGAAGAGAAGAUAUGAUACAGAUUCUGAUUCAGAUAAAGUUCCUUUGGCUAGAGAAAGAAAAGAGAGGCUUUUGAACAAAGACCGAAGGCUUGAACCGGAGCACAGUGAUUCGGAUGGUGAUGAUAAAAAAAGAAGAGGCGGCAAGGAAGUUUCCUUGAAAAAUAACGAGUUCGCGACUGGACAGACAAAUAAAUACUCAGAUUUUGAGGGUGGAAAUGAAAAAGCAACUAAAAAGAAGCAUCAUGAAAAAAGAGAUGUAAGAGACCAUUCAGAUGAAUCAAGAAGUGAAACCGAUGACCAUAGAAGUAUUAGAAGGGCAGAACUGGAUAAAUACAGGAGGCCGACCCACAAGCACAUGAAUGAUUAUUCUGAUGGUGAUGAUAGAAAGAAAAAUUUCACUAAAGACACUAAACAUGAUAGAAACAGCAGGUUUGACCCUAAGAACUAUGCAAUUGGGGAGAAGAAGAGGCGAUAUGAUUCUGAUGAAGAGAGCUCUGACUCUGAUAGCAACAAGAGGCAUCCAGAGCACAAGAAAUCAAGUCAGGAUAGCAAGAAAAAGAAGAGAAGGCUUGAAACUGAUGACGAAAGCAGCGACUCUUAUGCUGGCAGGAAAAAAGAAACCAAAAAGAGUGUAGGACACCACAGCGCUCGAAAGAAGUUGCAUUCCAAUAGAGCUGCAAGCGAUAGCUACAGCUCAGAUUAUAGCAGUUCCUCUUCUGAUGAAAGCAGCGGCUAUAGUGAAGAGAAGAAUGACCAAAGAGGAGCACGGGCUAAGGAACUAAGAAGAAUAGAUGAUAAAUUUGAUAAGAAAGUUGAAUCCACAUCUACUGCUAAAAAAGGCUUGAGCUCGAAGGGCGACUUUGAUGCAGUAAAAGCUCGACCAGGAAAGGAACAAGACUUUGCUGAUGGUAAGUUUGCUGAUUUAUCAGUAGUAAAUCCUGAUGUGAGGAGAACAGAAAGAGAUAGCAAAAGGUAUGAUGUUAGUCAGAGGGCUGGUGAUGCUCGCAUGGGUUCUGCUGAAGAGAAACUUGAUAGAAUAAAAUAUGUCGCGGAUGGGGAGAGAUUUGGGGACAAACUAUCUUCUUCAAGAGAACUCAUUGCUGAAGAUAGACGUGACAGCAGUAAAUACAUGCAUACUAAGCAUGAUUAUGAAGAUGGUAAGAGGCAAAAGCACUCAGACAAGCAUUUUUCAAAAUCGGAAAUUAACAAAGACAUACAUGAGGGUAUAACUCGCAUGGAAGAAGAAGACGAAAAUAGAAAAGGGCCGGAGAACAGGAAGGUUUCAGAAGGUUUCUCCCUCAGAGGCAAAUAUGAUGAAAGGAAGCGGACAAGGUAUGAGGAUAAGCAGGUUCCUAAGGACCUCUCAAAUGAAAACUUUCAUGGCAGCAAAAGCCGUUUUGAAGAUGAUCCCAAUUAUGAAAGCCGUCAAGGAGGCUACAGGGAAAAACAAGGCUCAAAAGAAUGUGUCAGGAGUCAUCAUCAUGAAGGUCGUCAAAGUGGUGGUGAUUAUAAGAGGAGAAAAUAUGACGAGUCUGAGAAAUAUUUGAGAAGAGAUAGGGACGAGCGUGGGUAUGGUGACGAUAAAGGUCAUCACAGGCGGCGCUAAUACCCGACAAUGGCUUCUUUCUUUUCUUGUGAGAUGGGCAGCAAUGCGGCGUGUCGUGAGUUCUGCACUUUAUGCUUGUGAUGCUGAAUGAUUGUGUGUGAGAAGCGUUAUUCAUUUGCUAUCUUUGUGUGAGAAGCGGAAUUCUGUUUUUUCUUUUAUCUUCAUCCUGUUUUAUGACCAUCUGAUAGUUUGAUGCAUAUGAAUUAAUAGUUCUGUUAAUCCAAGACAAAUUGAUAUAUCUAUGGCUCAUUAUUGAUGCUGCAG